CACACUCAGGUCCUGUUUCACACUUGGAUCCCGUUGUACACUCAGAUCCCGUUUCACACUUGGAUCCCAUUGCACACUCAGAUCCCGUUGCACACUCGGAUCCCAUCACAUUCCCAUGUCCAGAUCCCGUUGCACACUCGGAUCCCGUUGCACACCUGGAUCCUGUUGCACACUCAGAUCCUGUUUCACACUUGGAUCCUGUUGCACACUCAGGUCCUGUUUCACACUCAGAUCCCGUUUCACACUGAGAUCCUGUUUCACACUUGGAUCGUAUUGCACACUCGGAUCCCGUUGCACACUCAGAUCUUGUUUCACACUUGGAUCCCGUUGCACACCCGGAUCCCAUUGCACACUCGGAUCCCGUGGCACACCCAGAUCCCGUUUCACACUGAGAUCCCAUUGCACACCCGGAUCCCGUUGCACACUCAGAUCUCGUUUCACACCUGGAUCCCGUUGCACACUCGGAUCCCGUUACAUCCCCAUAUCUAAGUCCCAUUGCACACCCAGAUCCCAGGGCACACUCAGAUCCUGCGGCACACCCAGAUCCCCUUGCACACUCAGACACUUUCACAGCCUUAUAUCCAGGUCCCGUUGCACACCCGGAUCCCACUGGACACCGAGAUCCCCUUGCACACCCGGAUCCCCUUGCACAUUGAGAUCCCGUUGCACACCCGGAUCCCCUUGCACACUCAGAUCCUUUCACAGUCUUAAGUCCAGAUCCCGUGGCACACUCGGAUCCCAUUGCACACCUGGACCCCGUUGCACACUGAGAUCCCCUUGCACACUCGGAUCCCGUUGCACACCUGGGUCCUGUGGCACACUCGGACCCGCUUUUACACCCGGAUCCCGUUGCACACCCGGAUCCCGUUGCACACCUGGACCCCGUUGCACACUCGCCUCCCCCCUCUCUCCCCAGUACCUGUGGAUCUCACCCCCACACCUGGGGGUCUCCCCCCCACACCUGGGGGUCCCUCCUCGGUACCUGGGAGUCCCUCCCCCACACCUGGGGGUCUCACUGCGCUACCUGGGGGUCCCUCCUCGGUAUUUGUGGGUCUCCCCCUUAUUCCUGGGAGUCUCACUGCGCUACCUGGGGGUCCCUCCCUCACACCUGAGAGUCUCUCCCUGGUACCUGGGGGUGCCUCCCUCACACCUGGGGGUGUCACUCUGGUACCUGAGAGUCUCCCCCUCACACCUAGGGGUCUCUCCCCGGUACCUGAAGGUCCUCCCCUCACACCUGAGAGUCUCCCCCUCACACCUGGGGGUCCCUCCCUCACACCUGGGGGUGUCACUCUGGUCCUCCCCUCACACCUGA